CCAAAUGUUUUUAUUUACAAUUUUUUCUUCUCCAGUUUUUAAGUUAAACUAGGUUUUAAAAAUGUUUUCCAGGGGAAAUGAAAAGUGUUUAGUGGUUAUCUUGGUUUUGGCAUUGACGGCAGGAGUGGGCCAUUGUUAUGUAGUGGAACCACCCAUAGUUCAGGUUGAAUUGGAUAAAGCCGGCCUGCACAGGACACUCACGUACCGCCUGCGGUUCGACUAUCCACUGGUGGGCAAGGAUUGCGAGUACACACUGCUCCAGGAGUUGCCCGCAUCCGUUUACAUAAGCACGGACGAACUGGACGACCUGCAGCGUUUGAAGAGGUUGAGUGCCGUCUACCCGAGAUUCGUGAACAUUGAAGUGGCCACCGAACGGGCUGAGCCCUUCUCCGUUCUGCUGCUCGGCACACCCAAGAUUACGGAGACGCUGGCCUUGCCCGUGCAUUUUCGCUACCAUGCCCCCAGCGAUAAGCGAUCGGCGGCCACGGUGGCCAUACCCCUGCCGGAGCUCUAUCUCAACUGCCCGACGGCUGAUAGUGCGCUCGUCGAGAACGAGUUGGUUGCCCGUCCCGAUAAGCUGUACUGCCUGAAUGCGGCGGAAAGCCGUUUCGACGAGCACCUCGUCAAGGAUGGCCAGCCGACGACCAUGGCGAAUCUGGAGCGCUGCAGCUGGAGACGAGUGCACGUGGAUUGCCAGCUGAAGACGCCCCUGCGCGCCGAGAUUCCGGUGGGCCAGGCAAACGCCUAUGGCCCAGUGAUGUGCGCCACCAUCCUGCUCGGCUGGUCCCUGGCCCUCUGGACCAUCAUCCGCUCGAUGGCCAACACGCGACGCAUCAACCAGCGCCUCAACGAGCAGCGACUGCUGCAGCAAAAGGUCAAGUAACAGGCGACCAAGUCGGUGCGAUUCCAAGUCAACAAUGGCUAAUCAGACGACAGACACAUUCCGGCGAUUACACAGGGCUGUAAAUAUUUAUUAGCAACGCUAACUCUCUUAUUGACAUACUCAAAGCGACUUAAUCACCCUAGAAACGUGCCAUUUGGACUUAUCACACAACUAAGUCAUAUUAAGCUUCCCUUAGCAUAGGCGUAAACAUAAACUAGG